CUCAUUUGAGAUCCAUCGAUUCUUCACUUGAAGUUUUUAAAUUUGCUUGUCGAUCGGUCCUGCGAUGGCGAACUAUCGCGGACUUGUGCAUCUUUUGGCAUUGUUUGUCUUUGCUUUGUCCUUGAUGACUGGCGAGAACUCGGUUGGAGCUAGCCGAAUUUUGGAGGAGACGUUGCCCGAGGUGCCCGAACUGCCGAAGCCCGGAUUGCCACACCUUCCCGACAUCCCAAGCCUGCCAAAGCCAGAAUUGCCAUCACUGCCAAAAGUUGAAUUGCCGCCACUUCCGGAACUGCCAAAGCCUGAAUUACCAACAAUACCGAAGCCGGAAUUGCCGGAAGUGCCCGAAUUGCCUCAUCUCCCUGAUUUCCCUAAGCCAACUUUGCCUUUCGUUGCGAAGGACAUGCCUGCGGCUGCUACUAAUCCUUGAACCGUUGUGAUGUGAAUUUGGAGUCGUGAUGCAACAUGCUGUGAUUUAAUAUUUUAUUACGUCUACUUUGAUGGUCUGAGCAUGCCUCGGAACAGUAUAUUUUGUAUGAUAGUGUUAUAUGAAUUAUGGAACAUAUUUGUGGGACAAUUAUGAAACUUAUUUGUGGGACAAUUUGUGA